UUGAAACUGAAUCUGAAGUUGAAGGCCAAGAGAAAAUGGCCCAUCACAAUAACAAGUAUAAAAAGUAAAGCCCAGGGACAAGCCUUGUGGAUUCUACCUGCAGAGAUGGACAUGUUCGCUAACUAAGCUCCAGCUUCAGACAAGGGUAGUAAUGAAUCAAUCACUAGGAUUUCAUUAAGUGACUCUUCGCUAAAAGCAUAACUCUCCCUGCAGCCAGACGGCCCUGGCUCUGCACUCCUGAAGAACGAUGAGGUGGAGUUUGUCCGAACUGGCUAUGGGAAGGACAUGGUGAAAGUUCUCCAUAUUCAGCGAGAUGGAAAGUACCACAGCAUUAAAGAGGUGGCAACUUCAGUGCAACUUACUCUGAGUUCCAAAAAAGAUUACUUGCAUGGAGAUAAUUCAGACAUCAUCCCUACAGACACUAUCAAGAACACAGUUCAUGUCUUGGCAAAAUUCAAAGGGAUCAAAAGCAUAGAAGCCUUUGCUCUGAAUAUCUGUGAGCAUUUCCUUUCUUCUUUUAACCAUGUCAUACGAGCUCACGUCCACGUGGAAGAAGUCCCUUGGAAGCGUUUUGAAAAGAAUGGAGUUAAGCAUGUCCAUGCAUUUAUUCACGCUCCCACUGGAACACACUUCUGUGAGGUUGAGCAGAUGAGGAACGGACCCCCAGUCAUUCAUUCUGGAAUCAAAGGCCUCAAGGUCUUGAAAACAACCCAGUCUGGAUUUGAAGGAUUCAUCAAGGACCAGUUCACCACCCUCCCUGAGGUGAAAGACCGGUGCUUUGCCACCCAAGUGUACUGCAAGUGGCGCUACCACCAGGGCAGGAACGUGGAUUUUGAUGCUACUUGGGAUACUGUUCGGGACAUUGUCCUGGAGAAGUUUGCUGGGCCCUAUGACAAAGGCGAGUACUCUCCCUCCGUCCAGAAGACCCUCUAUGACAUCCAGGUGCUCUCCCUGAGCCGCGUCCCCGAGAUAGAAGACAUGGAAAUCAGCCUGCCAAACAUUCACUACUUCAACAUAGACAUGUCCAAAAUGGGACUGAUCAACAAGGAAGAGGUCUUGCUUCCAUUAGACAAUCCGUAUGGCAGAAUUACUGCCACAGUCAAGAGGAAGCUGUCUUCAAGGCUGUGACAUUGUGGCCACCAAUAGGAGUCUACUCUCAUCUGAGGAAUUCCUUAAAGACAUUUUUGGUGCUGGAGAUUAUAGUGUGUAGCCAUGCACAUUUUCAACCUAGUGUAUUCAUUUAUAGUGUUCACUUUCCUCCUGUAUGAAAUAAUCUAUUCCUUCUUCACCUAGCUCAGCAAGGCAUUUUUUGGAUUACCUUAUUAGUAAUUAUAAUAUGCUUUUUGGCUAUAGUUUAUUUUAAAAAUGCUGAGCAGUAUUAGAACAGUCAUAAAUAAAUAUUUCUUUUUGGUUGUCUUGUGCCUUCCUGUCUUAGAGAAGCUUUAGAAUCAAUUCAUUAAUAAAAUAAUCAUAAUUAAUGGGUGGGUCACAUCAAUUAAUUUGUCACAAGUUUAAAAGCAAAAUAUUGUUUUCAUCCUACUGAUGUUUCUGGGUAAUGCAGAAAAUGUAAUAAAAUCAUAUUGAAAAAUAUCACCAUUGUGACUUCAGUUAACUGACUAUUUGAAUUUUUUAGCUCAAGCAUAUGUACCAUUGAUAGUUUAUUUCUACUCUGAUAGCACUUUUGUGAUUUAAUGUGUUGAUUUUAUGAC